CUAUGCGCUCUCUUAUUCUCAACGGUCUUGCCAGCUUCGAGCGUUAUCUCGCCACGAUGGCAUGGAGGAGUCAUGGGAAGGACAAUGAGGAUCUUGUCAAUAAUCUGCUCAGCAAUGGCCUCAUCACUUCCAAUCAAGUUGCUGAUGCAAUGAAAAAGGUUGAUCGCAGAAACUACGUUCUAAGCAAGUUUCAAGCAUAUUACGAUUCACCUUCUUCGAUCGAUUAUGGAGCUACAAUCAGUGCACCUCAUAUGCAUGCACACGCUGCGCAAUGCCUUCUUCCGUUCUGUAAACCUGGCGCUAAUAUCCUUGACGUUGGCUCUGGCUCGGGCUACCUAAGCGCAGUGCUAUAUCACCUUGCAGAAGACUCAACAGUGGUCGGAAUUGAACAUGUCCCCGAACUGGUUGAUUGGUCAAUCAAGAACCUGAAAGCAGAUGGUCUCAGCAAUGCCAUUGAGAAUGGGCGUAUCAAGAUGGUGGCUGGUGACGGUCGAAAAGGUUUUGCGGACAAUGCUCCAUACGAUGUCAUUCACGUAGGAGCCGCAGCACCUACGCUCCCACAACCCCUUGUGGAUCAAUUAGCAAGUCCGGGGCGAAUGUUUAUCCCUGUGGGGACGUCAGAUCAACAUGUAUGGCAGAUUGACAAAGAUGAGGAUGGGAAUGUUAGCAAGAAGGUUUUGUUUGGUGUCCUGUAUGUCCCCCUGACGGACUACAAACGUUAAAGCAUGGUACGAUAUUCGUAUCGUUUCCCCUGAGCGGAUUCGCGUGUUCGACGCUG